AUAGCUGUUUGGGAGGGGGAAGGCAGUAACAGCAGCCUGCGAAACACCAACAGGGAGGGCGGAAGUUAUUUAAAUCCUGAUAUCCACCUUCGACUGUUUAACCAAGAGACCAGGAGGUGUGAAUAAAUCAAUUUCAGUGCACCAGAGAGGUUGGUGCUGGCUGUGCAAUCUUUACUUUUUGAUACAAUUUGAUUCGCAAUAAUUCAGAUAAUUGAUGCCCAGCUCAUCGUCGAGCCGAACCCGAACAAAGUUAGUUGCUGCUGGUUUUAUCUCGCACAGAGAUAAGUUUAGAGCUACAGAGCGACUGGACUCAUUCUAAUAGAAGCGUAUUUUCCCGAUAGCCCCGCUUGCAUUACACUGGAUCGGAGUCGAUGCUACGGAGGGGAAUUUAUUGGAGGCGAUCAGGGCGGAAGGAUUGCCCAGGGUCUGCUCGGGGAGCCACGAUUGACAGCUGUUUGCACGAAUGAACUGGAUCGAGAACUGUCAAUAAACAACACGCGUCAUUUUUGGCGGCGGCUGCCGCUUUUGGAAGAAAAUUAAAACUCUCCCUUUUUGGCUCAAGACCCUGCCACCCUUCUGGUGCGAUCUGCAGUGCUCAAGAAAAUCUGGAAGGACUGCAAUUUUUAUUUUUGCCGGCUCUCUAUUGCUGACAUUCUUGAAGGAGUGGACAUGCUGUAACAUUCUAACACUCUCAAUGUUUCAUAUACAGCGUGACCCAAAGUUGGCACCGUUUUCUGCACAGUACGGUCUCACAUUCUGUACAGUCUCUCCCAGUUUCAGUCACAAUCUCGUUCUACUACAGUUCUGUCAUAUCUCUCGUACUGUACAUAGGCAGUUGCCUCUACAAUCUUCCCCUCUCUCACAUACACAUCUUAACUUUCUCGCAUAACGUUAAAGCAAAAUACUGCAGAUGCUAGAAAUCUGAAUUAAGUUAUCCAAGCUGUUUUUUUUCCUGUUCUGUCCCGGUCUCACCCAAUCUCUUGCCGUCUCACAGUUUUAUAUGCAAUAUCUCUCAUCCAUUAUCUCCCUCUUUCUCAGUGACCCUCUUAAACUCCGUCUAUCACGCACGCCCUUUCGCCGCCUCAUCCUUUCAGUUUCAUCUUGUCCCAACCAGACUUGCCCCUCACAACCUCACACUUUUCUCUUACAAAAUCUCUCUCACAAUCUGCAAGAAACAGUCCCUCUUUCUCAUCCAAUCUCUCUCUGUCUCAAAGCCACAGUCUCUGCCGCAAUCUCCCUUUCAGUUUUUGUCACGGUCUCUGUCUAGUGUCAUUUCAAGCGCCUCUUUUUCUCGUAUCCACCGUCCCCGUCUCUGUCUCUCUCUCAUAGUCUCUAUCUCCAUCUUUCAUAUCCUCUGUCUCUGUAGUUCAGUCUCUUCACAUUCGAUAUCAGUCUUCUCCAGUUCCCCUCUAUUUCACCAUCUAUCGCCUUUGAACUAUUUCUUUCCCACUCCAGUUUAUUUAGACAUAGAACCGACAAAGUGUCUCUCCUACAUCCGUCUCUGUUGCAAUCUCGCAUCCUAUCUCUUGGUUUCUCCCCCUGUAGGUACUCAAUCCCGGUGUCCCUCCCUCACCCGUACAUUCUCCACCCUCUGUGUCACUUACCCUCAUAUUCUCUGUCCCAUUCUCACUUACCCCCACACUCUGUGCCCCCUCUGAGUAACCGCUACAUUCUCUGUCCCCUUCUGUCAUUCACACCCAUAUUCUCUGUCCCUCUUCCCUUCACUCACCCCCACAUUCUCUGUCUCCUUCUGUUACACAUUCACAUUCUCUGUGCCUCCUCCGCUCACUCACCCGCACAUUCUCUUUCCCCCCUCACUCACCCCCACAUUGUCGCUCUCUCACCGAAUCCCACAAUCGGCUCCCUCUCUUUCAGUGGCUCCCGCAUUUUUCUGUUCCCCCCCCCCGCCUUCAGUAACCCCCACACACUGUGUCCCUCCUCCUCUGUCACUCACACCCACAUUCUCUGUCUCCUGUCCUCUCACUCCCACAUUCUCUGUCCCCCUCACUCAGACCCACACUCUCUGUCCCCCUCUCUUGUCAGUGAUUCACACCACCCCGCCUUCUCUCUCUCUCUGGAUACAGAAGAGGUUUCCUCCCUGUCACACCAGCAGCCUGUCUAUCUCUCUCUCUCUCUCUCUGUGCCACAGUCAGCGGUGGAUCCCCACCCAGCGGGGCCGGUGGGUGGGGCAUUCUCAAACAGACAAGGAGCCUUCUUCUAACGCAUUGAAAACUCCCUCAACUCCCCGGGCCUUUCUGUUGAGUUGACACGGUCUUACAGCAGCUCUCCGGGAUGGGCAGUCAGGAGGACAGCAGGCGUGCGGUGCCUGCGGCUCCCCGGGACUCCUACUUUUCGGAUAUCCGGACCUUUCUGAUCGCCGAGUGUUUGCUGAUGCUGACCCAGGGCAUUAGCGGCGCUUACUUAGUCAGUAUUCUAACAACUCUGGAGAGGCGCUUUGAUCUACAUAGCACUGAACUAGGAGUAAUUGCAAGCAGCUUUGAGAUUGGAAACCUCAUGAUAAUUUUACUGGUGAGCUACUUUGGUGGCAAAGGACAUCGACCACGCCUGAUAGGAUGUGGUGGGAUCAUAAUGGCCAUUGGUUCUUUGUUUUGUGCACUGCCAGAGUUUCUAAGUCAUCAAUAUCAAUACAAGCAGGUGGAUACUUCAGUGUUGAAGGACACUUGCAUGGCAAACCUUUCAUUCGAGGAACAGCAAUUAGCAAAGGAGAAAAAUCUCAAGACUUGUGCAGAAACAGAAACAACAAACAUGAUGUAUGUAUUGGUUAUUGUGGCUCAGGUUAUCAUUGGAGCUGGUGCAACCCCAAUUCAGCCUCUUGGUGUCUCCUACAUUGAUGACCAUGUAAGAAAGAGGGAUUCAUCACUUUAUAUCGGUGUCUUGUUCACUACCAUGCUGUUUGGUCCUGCAUUUGGAUUUAUGCUGGGUUCCUUGUUUACAACAAUUUAUGUGGACGCUAUCUUCAUUGACACAGCAAAAUUGGACAUUACACCAGAUGACCCUCGGUGGAUUGGUGCAUGGUGGGCUGGUUUCCUCCUUUGUGCUGGACUACUGUUCUUCUCGUCUCUGUUUAUGUUUGGCUUUCCCCAAGCAAUGCCAAAGAAACAUCACACAUUGAGUAAGAGCUCCCAGCAGCCCAUGCUCCCUAGUAAAGUGAACAAAGACCAGUCAAAGCUAACGACAGAGGAAAAUAAGGAAGAAUGUAAACAAACCAGCGAAGCCACGUGUACAGAAUAUCUGAGAGCAAUUCCACAAGUAACGAAGCAGCUCUUUAUGAAUCCAGUCUUCACCUGCGUUGUGCUAGCUGCCUGCAUGGAGGUUGCGGCUAUCAGUGGGUUUGCUGCUUUUCUGGGCAAGUAUCUGGAAAGGCAGUUUGGUCUCAGUGCUUCGUACGCCAACCAGUUCAUAGGAGUAACUGCAGUUCCUUGUGUGUGCCUUGGAAUUUUCCUGGGUGGCUUUGUGCUGAAGAAAAUGAGCCUAACUCCACUGGGAGCAAUUAAAAUGACAAUGACUGUAAACAUGCUAUCAACAGCUACAUACGUUAUGCUGCUGUUUCUGGGUUGCGAAACAGGACCGGUCGCUGGAGCAACAGUCAGCUACAUGAAUGGCUCUUUCAAUGGGUUCCAAAGGAAUCUUACUGUACCUUGUAAUGAAGUUUGUGGCUGUACAAAAGAGACUUUCAACCCAGUCUGUGGGUCUGAUGGCAUCACCUACCUGUCCCCAUGUUUUGCAGGAUGCACUAACAAGAAUCUUACCAACUGUGCCUGUAUCAAUACUGAAUUUGCCCAGAAUGCUACAGCCAUGUCUGGAGGAUGUCCCAGGACAAAUUGUGGAAAUGCAUUCCCGGCAUUUUUUGCUGUUGUUUGUGUAGGAAGUCUAAUAGGUGCAAUGGCACAGACUCCCUCAGUUGUGAUUCUGAUCAGGUCUGUGAAUCCUGAAUAUAAAUCGUAUGCUCUUGGUGUCCAGUUUCUCAUGCUAAGACUACUUGGUUUUAUCCCACCACCACUGAUCUUUGGGGCUGCAAUUGACUCUACUUGUCUCAUCUGGUCAGAAACCUGCAGUAAAAGUGGAGCGUGCGCUUUAUAUAAUAACGAUUCCUACAGAUAUCUCUAUGUCAGCAUUGCCAUAGGCUUGAAAACGAUUGCCUUUAUAUUAUACACAACUACAUGGCAUUAUAUAAAGAGUCAUUCCAAGGAGUAUAUUCAGGGAGAUGAAGACUCAGUUGGUCGAAUGACCACUUCAGAUUUGUUUGCUUCAACGUUAACAUUAGAUGCAGCUGCAGCGGAUUCAAACAAAUCAUCUGGAAGGACAACCUUGAUCUAUCAUUUGGGAGAGAAUGAAAUGUGUGAAAACAUUGAGUCUGUUCUUUAGCAUUUGUAAAGAGUGGCUGCACCAUUUUGGAGAUAUACUUUUACGGGAAAAACAUUUUUAAACAACUAUUUUGAGGUUCUUAGGCAUUACAAGGACACAUUGAAAGGUGCUGGCCUUAUGAAAAGAUUUUUGUUAUUAUCUUUAUAGUUUAAAUUACAGCAAUAGAAAAGGUUUUUCAUGAUACAGUAUAGUUCACAACAAGUUAACAGUACAGAUAUAGAAAUAGUGCCAAGAUCUGGCAGAUACCAGGUUAGAAUAAACAGUAGGCCCAAGUGGUCAGUUUUUUUAAAAAAAAGAUCAUAUUUGAAUAACUUUUAUGCUUUUAUAAGUACUUCAGUUUACAUUUUCUGAGGUGAUAUAAUAUAAGCUACACAUUUUAAUAAUAUAUGCCAUCCAGUAUCAUGUAUACUAUUUGAAAGGCAUGCACAAGAUUGAGAUUGUGUUGCGAUUAUCCUAUUCAGCCAAGUGCUUGCUUCAAAAUUUGGAUGAAAGAAUGUCUCAUUAUCCACGAUGCCCACAUUAGCAAAUAGCAUAAUGCUUCUGAUUAUAUUUUCGCCUCUGAUUUCCAAAGCUUAUCAGAUAUUUUAUUUGGUUUCAUAUUAUAGCCAUCUUGCAUAUUCACAAUACCUGUGUUUCAUAUUGUCUGUCAUGUGACAGAAACUGGAAUAUUUCUUCUUUCAGGUCUGUAGAGCUGAUGCUCUCUAUAGCAUUAUCAUUGAAACAAUUUGAGUUAGUUCACAAAUAGAGACUUUGCCUGUCCCUAAUGCAUUUAGUACUGUCAAAAACCUUGGUGCUGCUAAGAAGCCAGAGUCAAUGCCAAAUGGUGCCUCAGGUCAUAAAAACCAAUCAUGAAAGAAAGCAGGACAUACCAAUUAUUUAUUUAACUGAUACUCAUUUUACAGUGUGAAAAUUAGUAAAAAAUAUACUGAAGUAAACAAUGAUGAAUGCAAUCAGCUUGGUUUCCUUAAAAUGUAAGGGCAGGUUUGUGUUAUGAGCAACACCAAUUAGACACUGUUGGCAUUUAAAACAACUUUGGUUAUUUCAGACACUUCAUUCUAUUACUGAACCCCUGCCAGAGUGAUAUUAUGCUUUUAAAACACAAGAUAUUUGCUUUGCAACAGCUUAAGGUUGUUGACUCACAUCACUGUUACAUCAAGCAAUGUUACUUUUAUCAGCUCUGUUGUGUAUCAACAACAAGAACAAAGACAGCUUUGACAAGGACAUUUUAAUUGGGCUAUGGUUGCACAUUGGAGCCCACCAGGCUAUCUUUCCUUCUCUUGUAGAAUUCAUAUUCACACCACAUGGUUGUCCAGUUUCAGGUGUUACUGAGUUAACUGCAGCUGAUUUUACACAGUUUGCACCUACUUAAAAAAAAAUACAUUUAACAUGGCCCAGUGAUGCCGGUUAAUUUUGUAAUAGUUGUGAAAAGAAAAAAAAAGCCAUGUGUAUUAUUCAUGCCAUUCUUUAUCUUAGUAAUUGUAAAUUUUAAUAUUCCAUUUUUCCUACAACUGGGACAUUAAGAAUACUGAUGGAUGUUAUGUUGCAUUCAAUUGGUUUGUAUUAUUUAUAUUAUGCUUUUUAACACAGAAUUUUAAAAGAACAAUUGCAUUAGAACUUUGUAAAGUUGAUAAUUGAUUCCAGUGUUGUUUCCUUUGCAGAAUGUGUAUUUUGUAGUCUGAAGUAGUAUGGCAGAAAAGGACAUAUAUAUUGUGUAUUAUAAGUGUUAAUGUCAAGAAGCCCAUUCAAAUGUAAAUUUAAUAUCAAAUGAUAACUUAUAUUUAAUAUACACAAUUUAAUGAUCAUAUAUGCAAUAAUUAUUGGUCAAAUAUCUUGUUUGUAGUUCACAAAGUACAAUAUUUAGCACUGCUGGCAAAUAUGUUUAACAUUAAACUCAGCGAGUAAUUGAGGGACCUGGUGUCAGUAUGGGGGGAGGAAUGUCAGCCAAGAGCUAUCUCCCUCUCUUGUUAUCAAUCCACUCCCCGUUUCAUACUGGCGCUGCAAAUGGCGACAUUGUAAACUUUUCACUGUACUCCUGUACCCCUAUAAUUCAGUACAAUUCUAAUUCUUUCCUUCUGUCACCACCCUUCCAACAGUGGUCACUUCCUCCUCUCCCCCACAAUCAUAGAAUCCCUACAGUGUGGAAACAGGCCCUUUGGCCCAACAAGUCCGCACUAACCCUUGCAGCAUCCCACCCAGACCCAUCCCCCUAUAACCCACACACCCCUGAACACUACAGGCAAUUUAGUAUAGCCAAUCCACCCAGCCUACACAUCUUUGGACUGUGGGAGGAAACCAACGCAGACAUGGGGAGAAUGUGCAAACUCCACACAGACAGUCACCUGAGACUGGAAUGAAACCUGGGUCGCUUUGUGCUGUGAGGGUGCAGUGCUAACCACUGAGCCACCGUGCCGCCCAACUUAGGGUCUGACAGGACAAUGACCUGUGUGCGAUAAAAUACAACCCUCCCUGCAGCUUUCGCUGAAACACUGUUCUUUCUGUCUCCCCACCUCUUCUGCUCCUUUUCACACACAGACAGAGGCAGGAUUUUUUUUUGAGGGGAAUGGAAGUGUGGCGAGCAGAAUGGCAUGUUGGAAAUGAGUGCUCCCUUGGCCCUGUCCCUGACAUUUCAGCUCCACAACUGAAGCAUCAAACAGCCAAUUAGAAGCUGCCUGGUGACAAACCUUGUAAUCAAUCAGGAUUCUAGGCUGGG